UUUCGCCCCCAUUCCUCGUAAUUCAAAAUGGCGUCUGCGUUCGCUGUUUAUCUCGGAUAUCUUCGAGCCCAGAUAAGACCAAUGUGACGUAAAACAACUUUAUUAAACACGAGUGACCGAUAACGAGUGUUCCAUGCCAAAAAACAGGAAAAGAGCAAAAGUGCAGUCGUCCAUUUACCCUUCUCCAAUGUAGAAUAAUCAAGAAUUCAAGAUCCGGGUUACGACGAAAACAAUAAUUCAAUUACCGCAGGUUGGCAACUCUGUGAAUCAAUACUAGGUUAUGUUUAUGUUAGCCGAACGAAAUUGUAAAUAUUUCGGGCGAUUUCACCAAUUUCCUUUCACAUUUUCGGUCAGUGAGGUCGGUCAAAGUUUGGUUGGAAUCCGGACUUAGACACACCAAGUGGGGUGGAAUUGGAGUUUUCGGUGGCUUGUUAGGUAAGAGAGUACUUAAUUAGUACUACCAGAGAUGGAUUUGUGUAAAGAAAUAUCCGUUUUGGACUAUUGUGGGCCAUCUGUCACUUAUACGCGAAAUUUCACUCCGAACGUCCACACUUGUCAAAUAUGUCCGUACUUCACUACGUCGUUUCCGCUUAUGAUUGACCACGUUCGCCGCCACUCUGCUCCAUUUUUACCGUUUACGUGCGACAGCGCGAAAGUGGAACCUUAUGACUGUAAAUAUUGUGGUUAUCGGACGGAUUUGACCCUUUUUUACAAAGCGCACCUCAAGGAAUGUCAUGGUAUUAAACGGGAAAUCGGUGAAGACAUACCAAACCAAGAACUCACAAUCUACAACUACAUUUGUAAAAAAUGCAACUUCGAUACACACUUUUCGUUGAAAUGGUUCCAACACAGCUUGGCUUGUGGAAGGAACCGAAAACACCCCCAAAUAAAAGCCACCACCAUGCAUGAAGAAAAAAACGACUUUAUUUUAUACGAGUGUGAUCAGUGUGACCGCAAGUACAAAUCUAAAUAUAAUUUAAAAACACACAAAAUGGUCAAGCAUUCCAGUGACCACGAAAUCCGUUGGUACCACUGCGCGGAAUGUUCGUACAAAACCACGAGAAGAUGGUAUUUGACAGUUCACAUAAAUUGUUGGCAUAUGGAUGUGCAAAGCAUUAAAUGGUUCGAAUGUAAAAAGUGUCCAUUCAAAGCUAAACGAAGUCUAGCUUUGUAUAAACACAUAAAUUCGCAGCACAAAGAUCCGCGCGAAAUAAAAUGGUACGAAUGUCAGAAGUGCCCGUUUAAAACCAAAUAUAACGAUAAUUUGAAGCAGCACAUAAUUGCGCGGCACUUGGACGCUCAGGAUAUUAAGUGGUUCAGAUGUGAGAAGUGUCCGCACAAAACCAAAACGAACUACGAGUUGAAAAUGCACAUAAAUGCGCAUCAUUUGAACGAGGAGGAUAUUAAGUGGCUUAGAUGUGACAAGUGUCCGUAUAAAGCUAAAAAGAAAUAUCAUUUGAAGAGUCACAUAAAUUCGCAGCAUUGGGACGAACGAAAUAUCAAGUGGUAUGAAUGCGAAAAGUGUUUGUACAAGAGUAUGUACAGGUUGAAUUUGAAGAAUCAUAUGGAUGAGUAUCAUGUGAAUGAUUAAAUGUGUUUGUUAACAUUUUAAAUGUUCUGAUUAUUCUUAACAUAGUUAGAAGAUUAAGCUUUAAGACGUUUUAUUUGUAGAUUGUUUGUGUUUCGUGUUUAAGGUUCUUGUUUUUUUUUUUUUUUUUUUUAAUGGAACGAUAAAUUAUAAAAACCCAGGAGUUUAUUUUUAAGAUUUUAUUACGUAAAUUGUGACUUGCCAUGCAAUUUAAACAUAGCUUAGUAUAUUUUGCCUAUUUAUUCUAUUGGUAUUGUUUAUGUACAAAACACUAAAGUAAGUAGUUUCACACUCAGGUAUAGUGAUUUGAAAUAUAGCAUAGUUUCGACUUUGUAAAUAUUACUAAUUAUUAUUAGACAAUGAGAAAAUCACGAUUGUUAAUCCAUGUUUUUGUCUAUAAUUCCGGUUUUACUGAUUCAGAUUUUUUAGCGUGUCUAUUGACUAUAAGUUUUUUAAGAGUGUAUAAAGAUUUUUGUAUACAGCCUGUUAUUGAAAGGUACGUACAAAAUAAAAUCGGCAAUUGGUCUCGAAGUAUGGGUGCUAAAAGUUAAAAAAAGUUCAGGUAAAAGUGUUCUCCUUUUAGAGAUAAAAAUUAUUAAAAUUUAUGUCCAAAUUCGUUGUACGCCUCUGACAAAAAGAUUAUCUUUCGUUUCUAUAGCAACAUUUAGUCUUGACAAAAGUUUUAUUGUUACAGUUGCUAGGAUUUACUAAAAUAAAUUAAUUUUACCUAUUUAUCCUUCAGUAGCGUCUAAAAAGUUUGGAUAAGGGUUAAUUUCCCCCUUAUAAUUUUGAUAACACAAAAUAAGUUUUUCCGACUUCUUAGACUUCACGAAGAACUGUCCAUUUUGUUGUACGUACCUUUCAAUAACACCCGGUAUUUAGAACAUCCACGAAAUAUGUUCAUAGCAAUAGUAAUAUUGUGUUCCACGUUGUUUGUAGAUUAUAUAUUAAUACUACGUAUUUUAAAUAAAUAAUUAUUACAACC